AUGCACGGACACAUCUCCAGCAAGCGGCCUACAGAUACCUUUCUGCUUUUCUUGGUAUCGACUUCCAAUAUUUUCAUCGUGUUCUUUCGCGAACUGGCUCAGACAGCGCAGACCUCGAUUGGAACCUACGUCGAAGAAUACCCUUCCUCAGCACUGGCGCAACUAGUAGACCGGGAGAGCCAGAAGAGAAAGCUGCGGAUGGCGGCAGAAGAUAUUCUCCACACAUUUCUUCCUGCGGAAGCUGUCAAUUGCACUUCCGUACGGACUUUCUUAACGGAGAUAUUGGCUAGUGCGGUAUUAGAGAAGACGGUAGAAAAGUGCUCAAGAGCUGACUUUAUUAAUGAUUGGAUAAUUUAUUUGUUGGAGGCAGAGACACAGCCGGAGAUAUUGCAGAAGAUAGAUAUUGGUGCGAUUGAGGGCUCGGAUGAGGGUGCAGCUGUAACCGAACAGCUCGCGAAACAGAAGCGGCUGAGCCGAGCGGAGGAGGAAAUGGAGAAAGCAAUGAAGGAGGCUCAAGAAUUAUCAAAGAUGAUCGCAGAGAAUGAAGCGAAAGCAGUGCGGAACUCCAUGGAGGUUGGAGCGUCGCCUGCAACUACAGCGAAUGGGGUAUUAAAAGAUGGUGUAACGGAGAGCCCUGUUAGGAUGUCGUUCGAUAGUAAGGGCGUUUCAUCGUCUUCGCUACCUCCCGAAAUUCCAGAAGAGCCCAGUACGGAAGAAGAGGAAAAGCCACCGACACCUCCGCCACGAUCGGGAGCAUUCACUUCUUUCGAUCAACUCGUCGUACCGGCCGCGGAACCCCAGGAAAUCUUUUUCCGUGCGCGUGUCGAGCUCUCAGACCUCACACCCGUCACAGGCGGCGCCGACAAACUACUUCGCUCAAAACCUACCAGCUCAAUAUAUCUUUUGCAGAUCGAACCUGCCUCCAGUUCCAUUCCCGGUUGGAUAGUUACCAGGAAAUACCCCGAUUUUGAGGCAUUGCACGAGGUUCUGUCGCGGAUAUCCAAAAUCUCUGGCGUUGUCGGAUUCUCUGACCUGCCGGCUUGGAGGGGGCAGACAAAGGAAUCGCUAAGGGCAGGUUUGGAAAAAUACCUGAGCUCUGCGUUAAAGAUACAUGGUCUGGCCGAGUGCGAAGGGAUGAAGAGGUUCUGGGAGAAGGACAACGCAACCACUGAGUCGGGGAAUACCGGUCAAGGAGGAUUUGCAAGGCUAGGGAAGGCCUGGCCAAACCCUCAGGCACUCGCAAAGGUCGGCGGAGGAAUGUUGGAUGCAUUGACUAAAGCACCGCAGGGGGCUGCAGAAGGCGGAAAAGCCCUCUUUGGCGGGGUAUUUCGGAAUGGUGUUGGUAUUAAGCGAGCAUCCACAUCAAGUGUCACCCUACAACUACCCUCAGAGUACGGGAACAACUCUCCACAAAAUGGGACAACGUCUAGAACCUCGGUGGAAAGCCUAAGUUUCACCCAACCCACCACCCACGAACGCUCAGGAUCUACUACAACGCUCAACGGAUCACCAGAAGCGGACUUCGUAACUUUAGCAUUCGAAACACAAAACCCAACGCUCCCACCGCACCCGUCUUCUAUCGUUGAAGAACCUGCAGAGGAUAGGCCAGAAUUACCACCUCGGAGAACGAGUGCUAGACAAAGCAUGACAGAAAUGCCUGGCGUCGAUGGCCGGGAGAUGCUCAACCUCCCGCCACCACCGAGUGAUAUGCCAGACGACUAUGAUCAUGACUCCGACUCUGGCAUCACACUCUCUAGCCUACGCGCGAAUUCCACUUCCUCCAUGCUACAGCCAAACCCAAGCUUACUCUCAACCAGCAGCAGUGCAUCAAACCUGCAAACAAUAGCCCACCCCCAAACCAUCACCGCUACAUCCUUACCACCGGAAACGGCAACAACCCCACCCCCCGAACCCUCUCCAGGGAAAAAACCCACAUCCCCACUCUCCCCCACUGAGGCCCAGUUCGUCGUAGAAAUCAUCUUCGCCAUAAUCUCAGAACUGUACACCCUCUCAUCAGCCUGGAUUUUCCGCCGCUCGCUCUUAAACGUGGCAAAGUCAAUCCUCCUCCGGCCCGGCAACGCAUCUCUAGAAUCCAUCCGCGUGCUGAUCCAGGAAACCGUCAUAGAGGCGAAUACCAAAGACGAAGCGGUAGCAUCCUAUAUACGCAAGAUCCGGGAAAGCGCGUUCAUGACGAAGGAAGAAUUUGAGGGCUGGCAGGCGUCCGUCAAAGUGGCGGAGCGGGGGGAAGAGGGGGAGGAGAGUAAGAGGGAGAAGGCACGCAUGUUGGUGCGCGAACGAGGAUUGCCGGAAGCGCUGAGGGGGGUUAUGGGUGGGGGUGCGAGCGCGGAGUGUUGUGCUUUCAUGUUUGAUGCACUACAGGAGGAGGGGGUCGCGAGGGGUGUCGUGGCUGGGUUGGUUUGUGAGGCUAUUAGGGGGGUUUGUCAAUAA